AUGGGGCCACGUAGGAAGCGAGUUGUAUCCCUAGGGACUUUUGAAGUGGCAGUCCCAUCACCAUCUGAGGUGCCUCAAUAUCCAACUGUUGAUACGGGAUUUGCGGAACUUCCCUUGACUUUUGAUCCCCAGGUCUUGGUGGGUCAAUCAACAAUAGUUCCUGACUGCUAUUCCUUUGAAAACACUGGUUAUACGUCAGGAUAUUCACCUGGUCAUAACCCCGUUUACUUUUCUGGCAUUGAAGAGAACCCACAGAAACGUCGACGAUUAAUGGGUUUCAACUCGAUGCCUUCAGCAGACGAGUCUCCGUCAUCUAGCAUAGGCAAUCAGGAGAAGCUGCCUAUAGGGGAUCAUGAUUCGGCGUCAAUUACGCCACGGUGGGCACCCGCCCUUUCUGAUGUACAAUCACUAAGCUCUCCCUUGGCCCGUGUGGCAGAGUCUAUCACCAAUUGCUGUACCUUCGGGUGGCAGCAGCAGCCCGCCGGGUACGAAGCUCUUCCGCCCCCAGCGGCUGUGGUGUGUGAGCCGCCUCAGCAACCUGUUAUGGAAGUAUUGCCGCCUAUGUCGGCCCAGACGACAAACUCCCUGCAGCACUCUGUACCCGAUAAUGGCGAAUCACCACAACAGGCACAACUGCCCAGUGAUGAGUUUGGCUUGAGCUCUUUCAUUGCGACCAAUAGUAGCGAGUUAUCACAGCAGGCAUCGCUUUCUACUGAUCUACUCGGUCUGAACCCACUCCUUGACAUUGCGCCUCACGUUGGGCAGGUGUUGCAACAAGAGCCGAUCUCUGAUAAUCUGUUGAGCUUGGACUGUUUACAGUUCAUUGCACCUGACAACAGACAUUUUUUACAGCAAUCAGUGCUUUCAAAUGAUCUGCUCAAUUUCGACACUUUGGCUCUCCAAAUGUACCCUGCCUUCAACAACGCCUUGCUGCAGGAGUUGCCCCAUUCUGUGUACACUAAUCAACUUGCCAGCACAGGUCACGAGCAGUUUGACCAGAUUGACUCCCAUCAUAAUGGCUCCAGUCAAUUUCUGCCCACAGAGCCGUAUAAACUGUCACUGAAUCAGGCAAUAAUUGCUGUGCCGCCAGAGGAUGAAAUUCCGAUUGGAGGGACUCAAGGAAUGGGGGGCAGCUCACCAUUGCGGCGUGAUCCGGCUCCUGAUACGCGCCCUACCCGUCCUCUAUUGGUGGGCAUUGAAACAACGUCUUCUAAUGUGUAUAAUUAUAAUGUGCCGUCGGCACAAAACUCAGCUCGACCAACGACUCAGCCGGCAAUCUUGGAAGAGAGAGCCAAUGCUGUGGCCCAGAAACAGUACCCCACUGCUGAUAACCAGCAGCGAAAUGGUAAGAGGGGCCCCUUUAGAGACCAAGCUCUCCGAGAACAGACCGCCCAAACAAGACGGAUGGGUUCCUGCCUCAGGUGCAGGAUGCAGCGCAUACGAUGCGAGUUUGAUGUUCCAGGCGGGUGUUGCUUGCCCUGCAAAAAGGUGGAGAAUACAAAGGCAGCACGCUUGCCAUGUGUCCGAUACAAGAUCACCGACAUGACACUUUAUAAAACGGGCCAGGUUCCAGGAUAUGAGUGGACCCAGAGGUGGACCAAAGGCACCUCUGACCCCAUCCAGCUAUGGGCAUCGUCCGAGAUUAGGACUGUUUACGUUUCCGUGCGCUAUUCAACAGAGCAGCUCCCACUCAAGGUUCGCAGGUUUGUUCCACAGGAAGGCGACAAACUAGAGCGGACAUGGGCCUAUCAAGGUACCAAGAAGUCGGCUCUUAUCCCGCCGUAUGCACUUGUAGAUGUGGAGGCCGGCACAUCAGCGUACACCACCUAUAUCCGAGAGUCUAUGAAAGACAUUUUUUCAACCAUGCUUGGCAAUGAGGAAGAUCUACUGUACAAGACCUACCUCUUGGCCUAUCAUAUGUGGCAAAAAGAGGAAAGAACGUCAGAGGCAUUUGGGCUACUCAAUUGGACGCUUCGACUGUGGGUAGCCAUCCGUCUGUCAACUACAUCCGCAUUUAUCGUCGGAAAAGAAACUCUAGACAUGCCAGCAAAUAUCCUUGACGAGUCAAGCCCCGAUCACGGAAAAAUUCCACUGCCUCCCGUAAUGGGUGCACAGAUGGACACGAUUCUGAUACAUCACAUCCAAAACAAACUUAGGCACGAGCUUUUGGAUAACCUCCAAAAAGUGAUGCUCAGGAAUAAACCAACUAGUUGGCUAGUGACUUAUCUGGUGUCGUUUAUUCUGCUUCAUAAUAUCGCACUUAUAACAAAGCAUGAUGCCAGUUACGCCAUCAAACAUGGCAUGAAUCGUCGGUUUGCCCGAGAGCAAAAAGUACGAGAAUACCAUAUGGGAGCAAACGUCAUUCUCGCACACUUCCAUUACUGCAACAAGGGGAGAAUCCCCUUUUCUGAUGAGUGUGAAGACAAAGAUUUGCGAGCAUUGGCGCAACUAGAUGAGGAAAAGAUUCGCUUUGUCCGUGCGACUAGGGCACUUGUCCAGCGACACCAACAAGAGUGGAACCAAGCUCGCUCUAAUGGAGUAUACGAGGACGACUAUUAUUUUGUCAGCCAGCUCUUUGACGAGAAAUGGCAGCCAAGCACAACUAAUGUGUAA